AUGACCUCUGGGCCAGAGGCACAACGACCAACGCAGGUACAGGUACAACCAGUUGAUGUGCGUCCAGCAGUUCCAUACACGAUCAAGGACGAUGAGCAGAAGGAUAUCAUGCCCGACAUGAUUGAUGCCAUCAAAGCACCACUGCGUUCGAUUGGUAGCGGAGAGAUUAAUGUUUCGGCCUAUGACACGGCAUUGGUCGCCCUUGUCAAGAACCAGGACGGGGGUGAGGGGCCACAAUUCCCCUCGAGCAUUGAUUGGAUUGUUCAGAAUCAGCUCCCGGAUGGUUCCUGGGGUGAUAAGCAUUUCUUUUUUAUCCAAGACCGGAUUAUCAACACCCUAGCAUGUGUUGUGGCGUUGGCGACGUGGAACCUUUACGGUCAAAAGUGUGAGAAAGGUAUGCAUUUUAUUAGAGAACAUAUGUGGAGGUUGGCCGAGGAGACGCCAGAUGACUGGACGCUAAUAGGCUUUGAGAUUACUUUCCCCUCGCUCCUAUGCAUGGCUAAGGAUCUGGAUCUGGACAUUCCGCAUCAUGACCCAGCCUUGGAAGCCAUAUAUGCCAAGAGAAACCAAAAGCUCAAGAUGAUUCCCACAACUGUAUUGCACGCGGUGCCAACGACUCUGCUUUACAGUGUAGAAGGAAUGGUAAACUUGGACUGGAAAAGGUUACUUCAGUUCCGGUGUGCAGAUGGUUCAUUUCAUCAAUCACCUGCUGCAACAGCUUAUGCUCUCAAUCAAACAGGCGACCCAAGAAGCCUCAAGUUCCUUGACAGAAUCAUCAAGAUCUAUGACGGGGGAGCGCCCUGUGUCCACCCUGUCGAUUUGUUCGAGCGCUUAUGGGCGGUGGACCGGUUGAUGCGUCUGGGCAUAUCGCGACACUUCACAAGUGAAAUUGACCAGUGCUUAGAUUAUGCUUACAGGCACUGGACAGAACACGGACUGAGCCACUCAGGACCUUGCCCAACUAAGGAUAUUGAUGAUACCGCCAUGGGUUUUCGCCUCCUCCGUUUGCAUGGCUACUUUGUCUCUCCAUGCGUGUUUAAGAAGUUCGAAAAGGACGGCGAAUUUGUCUGCUACCCAGGGCAGUCCAACCAAUCCGUCUCUGCCAUGUACAACACAUACCGUGCCGCCCAGAUCGUGUUUCCAGCUGACGAGGAAGACAUUCUUGGGCGGGCCGAGCUCUAUUGCCGCACAUUCCUCCAAGAGAAGCGAGCCUCCAACAAACUGAGUGACAAAUGGGUCAUUUCCAAGGACUUGCCGGGCGAGGUAGAGUACGCACUAAACUUACCCUGGAGAGCAAGUUUGCCACGGAUCGAAACGAGGUUCUAUCUGGAGCAGUAUGGAGGCAGCAACGAUGUGUGGAUUGGGAAGGUCCUCUACAGGAUGCCUCUGUUCUGCAACGAUCUGUAUCUCAAGGCAGCCAAAGCUGAUUUCACCAAUUUCCAAAGAAUGUGCCGACUUGAGUGGUGUGGCCUCAAAAGGUGGCAUGACAGGAAUAAUCUGCAAAUGUAUGGCGUGUCUCCAAAUAGCGCGUUGAGAGCUUAUUUCUUAGCUGCAGCAAACAUCUUCGAACCAGAGCGAGCAGCUGAGCGUCUGGGAUGGGCUCGAACAGCGAUUCUUACCGAGGCUGUCUCCUCAAACAUUCAAGACAAUGGUUCAGAUAUGAAUACGACAAACGACAUACUACGCAUUGUUGAUGAGCUUAUCAUGGAGUUGGGGCGAUUCGGUGAUGCUGCAGAUAAUCUGCGCCGAGCUUGGAAGGAUUGGCUCAUGUCAUGGGCGGCAAGUGACAUAAAUGAAUCCUAUGAAUGGAGCACAGCAUUGUUGUUGGUUCGCACGGUCGAGGUCUGCUCUGGAAGGUAUGAUUCCACCAAGCAAAAGAUGAACAUUUCUGAGUAUACCCAGCUGGAGCAGCUCACCUCUUCCAUAUGCCGCAAACUUGCCCAGCAGUGUGGGCAAGAAAUGGAGAACAUUGAAGAAAUAGACCGACAGGCGGGUUUGGAGAUGCGAGAACUAGCUGAGCACGUCCUUCAGAGCUGCAAUGGCAUCAGCAGAUUGACCAAGCAAACUUUUCUCCAUGUUGUGAAGAGCUUCUACUACGCUGCCCUUUGCUCACACGACACAAUUGAUCACCACAUCUUCAAGGUCAUACUGGAAGAUGUCAUUUAG